AUGUUUUACUUCCUCGGUUUGUCUUCCUUAUUGAUUCUACAAGUGAUUGCGGAUAAUAAGUCAUGGAAGGAUGAUGAUGGACUCGAAAUUGAAAUAAUCAAAGCGAUUCCCGAUGACGAAUGCACUAUAAAAUCGCAAAACGGCGAUGUCAUCGAUCAAUUUUAUCGAUUAGAAGAUGCGAAUAGCCGAGAAGUCGGCUCGAAUUUCGGAAAGAAGCCCUACACAUUCACCCUCGGCAAAUCUCAAGUGAUAUCGGGAAUGGAUCGCGCCAUGCGUGGAAUGUGCAUCGGCGAAAUCCGCAAGGUUGUCAUUCCGUCGCAUUUGGGAUUCGCCGGUUCCGACGAAACGCUCUACUACACCGUUCAAUUGGUGAGUUUGUUCCGCGCGAAUCCCGGCGAGAGAUGGGUCACCGAGCACGGCAUCCAAAUCGAGCAAACGCACAAAAUCGAGGCGGAGAAGUGCAAAAAAGCGGAAGCCGGCGACAAAAUUUUCCAGCACUAUACACUUCGUCUCGAGGAUAACACUCUUGUCGAUUCGUCGUAUUCAAGAAAUUCUCCGUUUGUGUUCAGACUUUACAACAAGGAAGUCAUCGAUGGAAUGGAUAUUGCGAUGGACGGAAUGUGCGAAGGCGAACGAAGAAGAGUUGUGAUCCCAUCCGAAUACGGCUACGGAGCUCAAGGAAGUCCGCCGGAGAUUCCUGGCGGCGCUCGAUUGUUCUUCGAAAUCACACUGCACAAUCUUGUGAAACGCGACGAGCUCUAA